UAUUCUAGCCUAUAUAAAGCAGGACAUCUGCAGAUGUAGUUAGACAAAGAUUUUACAACUUUGAUCAUUUACUGCAGAAAUUCAUAAGAUGGAGCGUUGCAAUCUUUUCCCCGUUUUUCUAAUGGUCCUGUUGGCUUAUUUAUAUAUUGAACAUGCAGCUGCAAGGGAUCACAACUGUUGCCUUGCCUAUUCCAAAAAGCCAUUGCCAAGCAGUCGGAUAAAAGGCUACACAAUACAGACCAACAAAAAUUCAUGCAACAUUGAUGCAGUAAUAUUCCAUACAAUCAAAAACAAACACGUUUGUGCAAACCCAAGAGAUAAAUGGGUGUUGAACAGAAUCCAGCAUCUGAAGGUUGAAGUGGAAAGAAUGUCUUAAAGAAAUAUGCACUUUACAGUCAAUAAGAAAGGAAUCGAUAUUUGCAAUACAAAAUGUAUUUUGAGUUUCAAAAUGUUGAAUAUAGUAUAUACAAUUUAUGUAUUUCUAUUUUUAUAUCCAUGUAGAAAACUUUUUUUUUUUAAAAAGACCCACAGUAGUUUGAAAUAGCACCCCCCACCCACGCAUUGUAUUUAUAAUAUAUAUUUUUAAAAUGUUAACUUAACGACUAGUUUUUACAGACUGGAUCUGCAUUAAUCUAGGACCACCUACUUUUGAUGUAGGUAAGGUUCUACCAGACCUAAAGGUUUUACUAAACUGUGAUUUUGUAUUUUCAUUUUUUUUUAUGUUACUUUAAAUGUGUUAGUAAGUUAUUAGUUUUAA